UCAUUUCAACAUUUCCUGCAACAUGGGCUCAAGUUCCGUGAGGAAGUAUGAGUGGGCAGGAAUAGCCUGUCAGCGCGUUCAGCGGCUCGCCAUGUCUGAAGCUGCGCCGGAUUUUUCUGCUUUUCUGCAGGCUCAGGCCGCUCAGGCCGGCCAGACUGAAACAGCAUUAGCUGCGACAGCUCCAGAAGGGGCCGAUGCAAAUGCGCUGCUGCAGCAGAUGGCUUUGUCUGGCUUUCCUGGCAUGGCUGGAGUAGGGAUCCCUGGCCUGGCUGCCGUUCCGGGCGUCGCGGGCGUCGGGGGCGUCGCGGGCGUCGCGGGCGUGCCUGGGGUGCCUGUGGUGCACCCAGGGUACGCAGCAGCUGCCGCUGCCCUGCAGCAAAAUGCAGUUGCCCUGUACUAUCAGGCGCUGCAAAGCUUGGCAGCUUCCGGUGCGACGGCUCAGCCUGAAGCUGCGGCAACAGGAGGUGGAGGAGGUGGCUUCAGCACCAAGCCGGGUGAUUGGAACUGCAAGAGCUGCGGCGAUCUCCAGUUUGCAAGGAAUACCAAGUGCCGUCGCUGCGGCGCGGACAAACCUAGUGACUCUGAACUAGCUGGACGGCCAGUUGUUGCUGCUGAUGGUCGCCCAAUGCGGCCUGGAGAUUGGAUUUGUCCCAACUGCAGUGACCACGUCUUUGCAAAGAAUGACGCUUGUCGAAAAUGCGGCACAACACGGCCGCCGGAGGUUUUGGCCGCCCUGGCUGCCAGAAGCACUCAGGUCGCGCGGGAUGGAGAUUGGAACUGCAAGAUGUGUGGGGAUCUGCAAUUCGCGCGGAACGCAACAUGCAGGCGGUGCGGAGCAGAGAAGCCAUCGGAUGCGGGGCUCACGCCUGCGGUUGCAACAGCUCCUGCGACUCCGUUGGCAGUGAGGAGUCCGGGGGGCGAUAUGCGCCCCGGUGACUGGAAUUGCCCUCGUUGCCACGACCACGUUUUUGCGAGAAACGAGCACUGCAGGCGUUGUGGAACUACACGUCCCACCGGUGCAGACAUGGCCGCCAUGGCGGCAGCUGGAACAUUGCCCCCCACCAUAGCUGCAGCACAGAUAGGUGGCGGAGACGCCCGCGGAGGUGGCGGAGGAGGAGGAGAUAUGAAACCUGGCGACUGGCGAUGCCCGCAGUGCAAAGACCUGGUCUUUGCCCGAAACGCUGCGUGCCGGAGAUGUGGAGCAACGAGGCCGGCUGAUCGAUCGCGAAGUCCAGUUCGAUAGAGGACUCGCUAGGCACCGUGCCGGGACUUGAGCGCCCGAAGUAUCAGGGAAUUAAAGAGAAGCUGUGGUGUGGCAAGGGCAUGGAGAGUUGUCACACUGCGGCAUAUUGUGACUUGUCUAUUGGAGC